AUGGAACUAAUUCUUCCAUUGGCUUUAUAUUUGAUUCUGUGUUCAGGCCAUCUGAAUAGGCAAUGUGCCUGUGGAGCUCUAGUCCCUAUAAGCAGUCCAUGCAUCAAAGGGUGCACUAAGUUGGACAGGAUUUUUAAUGAAAAAUCUGAGAAAAGUCCCAACAGAAUAGCUGAGUUAAUCAUAAAAUUCACAGUAUUAGUCUCCUCCAAAAGUCCAUCAAUCUCAUUUCAUCUGCCCAUAAGAUAUGGAUCUCCAAUUCUGUAUGAUGGUGAUCAUACAGAGUGUGCAUUACUACAAUUUGUGCAAGAUCUUGGGAGAAGCUAUGAUGCCAUACGAUAUGCAUACCCAUGUGAUUCAAUUACAAAGACUUAUCAUUUUAACACAGAGCGUAAAUACAUGAUGACUGUGGUUCCUCGUAAAACAGGAGGAUACCGUCUCUUUGUUAAGGGUGCUCCAGAAGUUGUACUGAAAAAGUGCCAGUUCUAUUGUGGCUAUGGUGGAAAAUUGAUUGAGUUUAACAGUGAAUCCAAACAGAAGUAUAUGUCAGAAGUAGUAGAUCCUAUGACAGAAGAAGGUCUACGAGUAAUUGCUAUUGCAUACCGCGAUUUUGUCCAAAAAUAUGCAAAGGUCAAUCAGUCAUUUAUUUUAGAGCAGCCUGACUGGGAUAAGGAAGAAACCAUAUUUUCAAAUCUGACACUUCUUGCAAUGAUGGGCAUUGCUGAUCCAAUGAGGCCUGAGGUCCCUGUUGCAGUUGCUAGAUGCCGAAUGGCUGGAAUAUUUGUUUGUCUUUUGACUGGUGAGAAUCUGAAGACAGCAAAAUUGUUUGCCACUCAAUGUGGCAUCAUAAAGAAGAGAAGUGAUCUAAUAAUGGAGGCCUCUGAGUUUAAUCAGUCUAUCAGGGACAGUUCAGGAGAGGUACGGCAGUCACUGUUGGAUAGCCUGUGGCCAUAUCUCCGUGUCGUUGCCCGAUGUUCAUCCAUGGAUAAAUACCAUAUGGUGCUGGGUAUCACCAAUUCACUGAAUGCUGGUGAAUCCCAGGUUGCUGCUGUUCUUGGUGAUGGGCUUGGUGACAUACCAGCUCUUGAACAAUCUGAUGUAGCAUUUUCAAAGAAAUGUGCACAGUAUUCAUGGCACGUACCAGACACAAUUAAACACUACUUCAUAAAUAGUGUUAAGAAUUUUGUGUGCUUGGAGUACAAUUAUGUCUUCAUUAAUGUGUCUUUGAAGUCUAUUUAG